AUGCGGUCGGGGGGCGAUGGGGGCUGCGCGGAGCCGACGGUAGUGCCCGCACCGGGCCCCCCCGGGAGCAUGGGCUGCAUCGGCUCCAAAACCACCAUCGUGGCUGUGGACACGACGCUGUGCGUGGAGUGGAAGGAGGUGAAAGCUCUGUCACCGCUGAGUGCUGCCCGCCCGCUGCCCCGCUUGGUGCACCAGGCCUCCUUCGACAGCCAGGACUUCCUCCAGGUCAAUGUUGAGGACACUGUCGAGAUGCUGCCCAAAUCGCGGCGCGCGCUGACAAUCCAGGAGAUUGCUGCCCUGGCCCGCUCCUCGCUGCACGGCAUCUCACAGGUGGUGAAGGAGCAUGUGACAAAGCCGACAGCCAUGGCACAGGGCCGGGUCGCCCACCUCAUCGAGUGGAAGGGCUGGUGCAAACCAGUGGAGUCGCCCACUGCCCUGGAGAGCGCCUUCAGCUCCUACUGCCACCUGAGUGAGGGCGAGCAGGAGGCACGCUUUGCUGCUGGAGUGGCAGAGCAGUUUGCCAUCGCCGAGGCCAAGCUGAGAGCCUGGUCCUCAGUGGAUGGGGACGAUUCAAAUGAUGAGUCUUACGACGAGGACUUCAUGCCCUCCACGGAGAGCUCCCAGCCCACUGAGCUGCCCAGCACGGUGCCUGCCAGCGCACUGCUCCGAGACCUGCUGCAGGGCCACCUGUGCCAGCUGGGUGUGCGGCAUGGUUCCUGUGAACCCGAGAGUGACUCCUCGCACACCCUCUCUCCUGAAACCCUCUGCUCCAGCCUCUGCAGCCUGGAGAUGGUGUCCCCCUCUGAACUCACUGCCAAACUGCUGGGCACCUUUGGGGGCGAGGACCUGCUGUUGCCCAAGUUGCCCCCCCCGGCCAGCCAAAGUGCCUUGCGGGGCCUGGCACGGCUCCGGUGCCAGGACUCCCUCUACUCCGUGUCCUAUGCCGAAGCCUGCCUCUCACCCGCUGAGGAUGAGGUGGUGCUGAGCAAGGACUUCCCACUCCGACGGAAAGUCUCUGAUGUUGCGUCUUCUGGGGUGGCAUCGCUGGAGGAAGAGGAGGAGGCCGAAGAGCCCUGA